UCUUGUUUGUCAAGUGUCAAGGGACGCAAGGGUUUGGUUGAACGAACAAGUGAACAAGAGGCAACACGUGAUGCAUCAUAAUAAGAAACACCACUACUGGUACCCAAUAAACUAUGGAUGACACUGAGAAAACGACGAGCGCGAUGGACUACUCGAGCCCAGUGGAGGAGAGGCCCGAGGGUGUGUCGAAGAAAGCGUGGAAGAGACUAAAAAAAGCAAACAUGAGAGAAAUAGCCAAGAAAACCAAGGUGGAAGUCGCAGCCAGAGAAGGAGAGUCAAGCACGAUGAAUACCACAGAAACACGAGAAGAGACCAGAGAACCUGCCGUUGAGAUGCUGCGUCCAGGGUUGGUUGUGGUCAGACGCAUCAGCUCUCGCGCUAGCGAAGAAGCAAUCGUGGCCAAGUUCUUGGAGAUCGGCAACCACCCCACGGAUGGAUUCUAUGAAACAGAUGCCGAUGGCAACCGCAAAUUGAACUCCACGCUGACGCGAGGACGCAUCUACCGAGAGCUUGCCUUUUAUGGAGACGAAGCAACGGACUGGAUACUGGAGCACUGCGCCAAGGCUGUGCGAUUGGCCCGAGCGGCUGACCCAGCCAUGCCUGCCAUGGUUCCAGACCACGCACUGUUGCUGUACUACUCUACAAACCGAGGAAUUAAGGAGCACCGCGACGUUGGAGCCAAUGAUGGUGAAGGAGAUGCACCUAUUGUGUCGUUUAACUUUGGCAAGUCUGUGGUAUAUCGGGUGCGAAUGAGCAAGGAAGAGGAAAAGACGGAUGUUCACCUGGACCCAGGUGAUGUGAUUCUCUUUGGUGGGCCUGCCCGCAUGAUAUACCAUUCUGUCAAGAUCUGCAGAGAUUCAUCCAGCCCUUACCCGAAAUUGUUGCCAGAUCGCAUGAACUUGACGCUACGAUAUGCCCCCAGCAUUCUGGGACGCGAGGAGGAGUUCCGUACCUUCAAACCGGCAGAUAUCUAUUGGAAGAAUAGGAAAGAAGUAAAGUAAAUACAUGUAUAUUACGUGACUGCCCGGUUUGAUUGUUCAUUUAUUUCGUCACGGCAACAACUUCCUCCUCUUCCGCAACGCAGCCCUGUUGGCCAGGCCGAUCUCCAACUCAUUUCCAAUGGAUACCAAGCCAGUGUCCAAGUUCGAUCUGGGGACAAGCAUCUCCUUUAGGAUUGAAGACAUGUCAACUCCUUCCUUUCUAGAUCUUUCCAAGCUGGUAAGAGCAAACCUCGAUUUCAUGGGGUCAGUUGUAGAUGUGGGGAUCCUGAAGAGGAGGGCGUCGAUGUCAACGAAGAAGCAGCCAAUAUUUACAAUGAGAGCUCAACUUUCUAGUGCUGUUGGAUGUCCGGGUUGCAAGACGGAAGACGACCCAUGAUGAUACGACUGCACCAAGUCUCCACCGAAGGCGUACGGAGCAUUUGACAGCUAUGCACACCAAACCGAAGGACCAAUCAGGUACUGGAAGCUACCAGCGGUGUUACCAGGCUGCAGCCGUGGCUGGAAGGAAAGAUAACUCUCAGUUCGUGUUUAGUCACUGGCAACCAAACAUCCCAAUUUGAAACAGAACUGCAGGCACGUGGCUACACUGCAGCGGGGCGAUCUGGAGAGCCGAUCAAAGCCUGCUUUCUUGCCCUUCAGACGCACAAAAUCGGAGCUCAACUCCGUAGCCAACUACUAGCUAGUAGUAGUGCUACCUGGUUACUGUACUGGUACCACAGUGUGUACUGGUACCGGAGCAGUGUGGUACCGUACUACUAGCUAGUACCGUAGUACCGUAGUACACCUACUACUACUCUGACUAAGACCAAAGAUGGGUUUUAAGGGUAGGGCUAAGCGCCAUGGCACUCCCACGUCUCAAGAAGUGCAGCU